CCUGCCUUUCUGUCUUCGCCUUAAUUGCCUCCCUUCCCUCUGUGACUCACUGGCUACUUUGCCGGUCCUCUUCCUUGAAUCCUCCUGCCCUCGCUGCUCCACCGCCCCCUGCUCGUCCACGCCAACCACCGCGGUAGCGGAGGGGGCACGCCUCCGGUGACUGAGCACAGCAAAAAGAGUCCUCGGUCGGUUGAGCCAUGCGGUGGAGUUCGUGCUAUAUAUAGGACGCUAAGCAGAAGCAGCAGCCAUGGAGUAAGACCUAAUCGUUUAAACGCACUGCGCUUCUCUUCGAUCGAUUGUCCUGUCUCUCUCUGUUGGAGGAAUCUCGGUGGAAUAGUGCGAAAAUUUGGAGCCGAGACGGGUGUCGAUUUAUUUGGGGGCUGGACUUUCCGAUCAUGUAAAGUUUCUUGCUUUGCUUGAUUUCUCUGCAAAUUUGAUGAGAAAACCUAGUCUAGAGGGUAUGCUCGAUCUUGGAAAAACCAGUACCUGUUGAUGGUAGCGGAGGCCUGUGAUCACAAGAUGCGGACCUCCGUCGCUACGGCCUCCGCCGCGGCGAAAAAGAAGCAGAAGAAGAGUGACAUCUCCAAGUCGCCGCCUUCUCCCGCCAUAGUCGGGAUCCUCUCCUUCGAGGUCGCCAGCGCCAUGUCCCGUGCCGUUAGCCUUUACCACUCCCUUUCUGAACCUGAGAUGGUGCGGUUCCGCUCCCAGACACUUGCGUCCCCCGGCGUGCGCCAUCUCAUCUCGUCCGACAACACCUUCCUCCUAACCCUCGCCCUCGCCGAGAAGCUGGACGAUCUCAACGGCAUCGCUGCCGUCGCCUCCCGCCUGGGCCGCCGUUGUGCCUACCCUGCCCUCCUUGGCUUCGAGCACGUCUACUCCGACCUCCUCGCCGGCCGCAUCGAUCCUUCCAGCCUUGGUUUCCUCUCCAAGGACAUGGACAGGACCAUCCGCAAGAUGGGGCGCUUUGUCUCCUCUACUUCUGCUCUCUAUGCCGAGCUGGAGGUCCUCACGGAGCUUGAGAACGCCACCAAGAAGAUCGAUCAAAACCCGAUUCACAACGAGAGCCGUCGAGUCUUUGACCAGAAAAUCCAAUGGCAGCGGCAUGAUGUGAAGCACCUAUGCGAUUCCUCACUAUGGAAUCAGACUUACGAUAAGGUCGUCCUCAUCCUCGCCCGGGCUGUCUGCACCAUUCACUCCCGGAUAUGCCUCGUGUUUGGGGAGACAAUUGGUAGCUUGGAUUGCCUAAUUACCGACCUAAGUUGUCAGAUUUCAAGUGAAAUCUUUACCUCCACUCAUCACCCAGUUCAUUCAGGUUCCCUAAGAUCAGGUUUUCUAGAUAGCAAAUCUGGACAGCUUCCAAAUUUGGCUCCUGAUUCAGUCAAUAGUGCUAAUUUCAGGAGAGAAGGCCCCAGAUUCAAUUGUGGAGCGAGUCCUGGCAGGUUUUUCAUGGAAUGUCUAAGUUUAGGCAGCUCUGUUGAAUUGAGAGAGGAUAUUGAGCAAUUCGAGAAUGAGAGCUGCCUCAGUAGGCCAACAUAUGGGUCUUUGGUUUCAUUUAACAAUCAAGUGUUGCAGAAGAUGAGUAGGAAGAGGUCCAAAUUUGGCCCAAUGACUAAAAUAACAAGGUUAGCUGCACCCUCUAUGGUAGGUGGUUCAGCUCUUGCCUUGCAUUAUUCAAACAUCAUAAUUAUCAUAGAGAAGUUACUAAAGUAUCCACAUUUGAUUGGGGAGGAUGCGAGGGAUGAUUUAUACCAGAUGUUGCCUUCCAGUUUAAGAGCUUCCCUUAGAAAGAGUCUCAAAUCGUAUAUGAAGAAUCUAGCAAUAUAUGAUGCUCCUCUUGCACAUGAUUGGAAGGAAGCACUUGAUGAAAUUUUAAGUUGGCUUUCUCCUAUGGCUCAUGAUAUGAUCCGUUGGCAAACUGAGAGGAACUUCGAGCAACAACAAAUAAUAUCGAGGGCCAAUGUUCUAUUGCUUCAGACUAUAUAUUUUGCUGAUAGGCAGAAGAUAGAAGCAGUUAUUUGUGAACUUUUGGUGGGGUUGAAUUAUAUUUGUAGGUAUGAACAGCAGCAAAAUGCUUUAUUGGAUUGUACAAGUAGUUUGGACUUUGAUGAUUGUAUGCCAUGGAAAAUGCAAUAUAUUUCUGAACUUUAACUGUAAUUUAUCACACUUUAAAUAAGGUUUUGAUGUUUGCAGUA